CCUUCAGUAACCCUCCGGGCUUUCUGCGUCUCGGUUUAGCACUCAUAUACAAGUUAUAUUCUACUUGGUUGCUUUGCGUUUAUUUUUUCACCGUAUUUAUAAUAUGAGCGAUCAUUUACACGUGCGCUACUAGUGGUAUUCAUAAGAAAUAAAAAUUACGAAAACAAUGAAAUGAAUGCAGAAUGUGUCAUGGUGGGAGGCAGGAGGCAUCGGUGCUGGACGACACCCAGACGAUGGUAACAGGACGUCUGACCAUACUGUGUCUGCUAAUAGUAGCCGCAGAAUGCUGCUAUCUUUUCCCGAGUGAUGUGCCGGACCCGUGCCGCGGUGCUACGUGUGGUCCUGGUGCGCUCUGUCGACCGACGCCAGACGGUCGCUCCUACAACUGCGAGUGUCCGACGUCCUGUCCCAGCUACGGAGACCACGAAGGCUCAAGGCCACUAUGUGCAAGCGACGCGCGCGACUAUCCCGGCGAGUGUGAGAUGCGCAGGGCCGCCUGCGACUCCAACACGAAUAUAACUUUCAAAUACUACGGCAAGUGUGAUCCGUGUGCGGGGGUGACUUGCCCCGAUCCUGAAGUCUGCCAGUUAGACGAACGACGUGCUCCGUCGUGUCGGUGUGCGGAACCGUGUCCACUUGAGUUCUCUCCUGUCUGCGCCUCUGAUGGAAAGACCUACUCCAACGAAUGCCAAAUGCACCGCGAGAGUUGUCGCGCUAGGAAACAAUUGAAAAUCAUAUUCAAAGGACAGUGCAGUUCGGGUGUGAAUCCGUGCGCCGAGGUGGAGUGUCGGCACGGAGCGGAGUGUCGCGUGGAGGGCGGCGGUGCGGUGUGCGCGUGCCCGCCACCGUGCGAGCCUGUGCUGCGACCCGUGUGCGGUUCCGACUCGCGCACGCACGACAGCGAGUGCGAACUGCGCCGGGCCGCCUGCCAGCUCGGCAGGGAACUACGAGUGCUGCACGCUGGCGCCUGUGGUUCAAACGGCGUGUGCGCGGACCGCGUGUGCCCGCACGGCGGUGAGUGCGUGGCGGCGGGCGGGCGCGGCGUGUGCCGCUGUCCGCGCUGCUCCAACGAGUUCGCGCCCGUGUGCGGCUCCGACGGCAUCUCCUACGGCAACCGCUGCAAGCUGCAGUUAGAGGCGUGCCGGCAUCGACGAGACGUGCAAGUGCUUUAUGACGGGCCUUGUAACGGCUGUGAGAAUAAAAAGUGUGAGUUUUAUGCCGUUUGUGAGAGCGACGGAAUUUCUGAAGCGAGUUGUGUUUGUCCAAAGCACUGCGAGGAAGGCACUGAAACUGAAGAGGUUUGCGGUAACGAUAACAAGACUUACAGUAGUGUUUGUGCCUUGCGUGACGUCGCGUGUCGGGAAAAGAGACGACUUUACGUCAAGCACAUGGGUUCAUGUGAAUCUUGCGCUGGCGUACAGUGUCCGGCCGGUACGUGGUGUGCGCGUGGCGCGUGCGCAUGCGCAGCGCCGUGCGCAGCCGCGGCGCGCGAGCCAGUGUGCUCCACGGGAGCGCGCACCUACCAGCACGAGUGCGCGCUACUGAAAGCUGCGUGCGAGGCGCGAAUGCGCGGGGAACCACCAAUCCGCGUAGCGUAUUACGGCGAGUGCACUGAAACACAAACUGAUAAUACCACUUCAGGUACAAACAAGACAAUGCGCGUGGUAGAUCUUAACAAUGAGAUUAAGUCGGAGGACGAGUCGGCAGAGAACGCAAGUUCGGGCACGGCGGUGUGCGCGCGCGUUCAAUGCGCCUUUGAAGCCACGUGCGCCGUCGACUCUAACGGACAACCUAGAUGCGCGUGCCUAUUCGAUUGCGCAGCAGCCGCCGCCGCCCAUACAUCCACUCCAGUAUGCGCGUCUGACUUGAGGUUAUACCCAACGCUGUGUCACAUGAAGUUAGAGGCGUGCCGGCGGCAGGAGGAUUUGAGACUACGACCUCUGGCUUUAUGUCGUGGACUAGAGUUCAGACCGUGUGGUGAUGAUGAGCCUUUAACCGACCCGGAUGGGAAGCCGUUGGAUUGCGGCGGAGGUCCUCAUCGCAAAGACUGUCCCGUCGGCAGUUACUGUCAUCACACUGCUAAAGCUGCUAGAUGUUGCAGAAAAGACAAAUCAGUGAUGGAGCGCAAAGGCUGCCAGGAGUCAUGGCACGGGUGCUGCGCGGACGGGGUGUCGGCGGCGCGCGGGCCGGGCGGCGCGGGCUGUCCCUCGCAGUGCGGCUGUCACCGCCUCGGCGCCGUGCACGAGGCGUGCGACGAGGCGGGCCAGUGCUCGUGCCGGCCGGGCGUCGGCGGGCCCAAGUGCGACCGCUGCGAGCCCGGCUACUGGGGGCUGCCGAGGAUCGGGAACCCGCACACUGGAUGCAUACCAUGCGGUUGUUCAGCGUUCGGUUCAGUGCGAGAGGAUUGUGAACAAAUGACCGGGCGUUGUGUUUGUAAACCUGGCAUCCAGGGACAGAAAUGCACCGUGUGUUCUAACCACGAACAUACCCUUGGACCGAACGGAUGUUUCGACCCGGAAUCAACUCAACUACCAGCGACAAAUUGCGACCACAUGACGUGUUAUUUCGGCGCUCACUGUAUCGUGCGCAGCGGUCUUGCUACAUGCGACUGCAGUACUACGGAAUGUCCGCCAAAUGAAGCGCCUUCAGUUUGCGGCAGUGACGGUCGCACUUACCUUUCCGCUUGCCAUCUCCGCACACACGCAUGCAGGACCCAGUCUGACGUGGUAGUCCAAGCAUUCGGACCUUGCAGUGAGGAGGCACCACAUGUCCGACGAGAGAAGACCUACACUGUUUCUCAUAUGUCAAAUAACGAGUCGAUUUCUAAUUGCGUUGCUAAAACAAUUAGUAAACCUGAAACUAUACCAUAUGAUGAUGAAACUGACUAUUUAAUUAAUGAGAUUGAAGAAUACAGUUACGAGGAAUAUGAAGAAGAAAUAAGACCCAACAUGUACGAUCUGCCUCUGUUUGAUGGCCAAGCGGGGAUGACGGCUCGUACUACAUUAUCAGCUAAGCGAUUUGAUAUAUGGGCGGAGGUUUCUAUUGUGUGCGGUAGAGGAGCCUUAGUGAGUGCUUCCGGGAUGAGGGACCAUUUAUGGCUUGGUUUUGUCGAUAAUAAAACUGUAUUGCGUUUUGAUGUUGGAGGCGGCCCCUUGGAAUUGCGAUCUGGUAAAAUAAGAACGGAUGGUAGAUUUAAGAUAUCAGCGAAGAGGUACAAGAAAGAUGCUGUAUUAAAGGUGGGAUCAACGGUAGUCGAAGGGUCGGCUCAGGGCCGCAUGAAUUCAUUAGACGUAGACCCGUUCAUCUACAUCGGUCAGCCGCCUGCAAACGUUACGAAGUUAUCGGGAACAUCAGUGGCUGGGUUUGUGGGCUGCAUACACCGCCUUCGCGUGAGUGAUCGAGAUGUGAUACCUCCCUCGCAAGGAAUGAGUAUCACGUCACACGGAUUGCGCGCUUGCACACCGGAUAAUUUAGCUCGACUAGUAUGCCCUUAAAAUCUAUUUGCAAUUUUGUGCCAGUAAUAUCGUUCCUUUGAUUAACAGAAA